AUGGCAGACUAUCUCAUCCACAGGCAUCCGCUGCAGCGGAUGACUAGUCCUUCUCGGGGCCUGUCCGCCCUGGUCCACUUGGCUGGUCUUUCCAGCUUUCUAUGGUCUUUCAAGUACAUGCAUGAAAAUCCUAAUCAAGCUAACCAGGCCUAUGGGUGGCAUUUCCAAUAUCUGACCGUGAUUGGUCUUUCCGUGUCGACUGUUACGUUUGCUGUUGCCUUACUGGCGGAUAUCACCUUGUCUCGGCGACUGUUUUUCGUCAAGAAUCUCCUGUCGGUGUGCUGUGCCCCACUCGAGGUCUUGAUCAGUGUGCUCUACUGGGGUCUUCGCUUGAUCGAUGAGCGCCUUGUGAUUCCCGAGUGGGUAGUUAUCCCUCUCCACGCCGACAUCAGUUUCCAUGCAGUCCCUUCAGUGGUGCUGUUGAUUGACCUGCUGCUCCUUUCACCACCCUGGACCAUCAGCAUCUUCCCCGCACUUGGACUGUCGGGCACAAUUGCCUUUGGCUACUGGUUCUGGAUUGAACACUGCUUCUCCUACAAUGGAUGGUACCCGUACCCCAUCUUCGAAGCGCUGCCCCCCUCUGGCCGCGUUGGGCUUUUUACUCUGAGUGCUGUUGUAAUGGCCUUCAGCACCAUGACUCUCAAGUGGCUCUUCAGGCGUAUCAAUGGCUUUGGUAACACUAUCAACCCAAAGUCCCGCCCUGGUGAUAUCAAGAGCAAGGAAGGUCUGUAG